AUAGCAUACGUCAACCCUUCGACUUUUACACUGAAAUGCUGAUAUUGCGCCGUUUCAUUUUCUGUAAACACACCGCAGCCAUCUUCGGUAUUUUGCCGUCAGACUCUGCAGUGAAAAGAUGGGCUCUGUUCUUGGGCUUUGUUCUAUGGCGAGUUGGAUCCCCUGCCUUUGUGGCAGCGCUCCUUGCCUUCUGUGCAGAUGUUGCCCCAGUGGAAACAACUCCACAGUCACGCGGCUCAUCUACUCCUUCUUCCUGCUUCUGGGAGUUGGCAUCGCCUGCAUCUUGCUGAUGCCUGGCAUGGAGGGACAGCUCAAGAAGAUUCCAGGCUUUUGUGAAGGUGGAAUGGGAACCUCGAUCCCAGGCGUUAAGGGUCACGUGAACUGCGACGUGCUGGUGGGCUACAAGGCAGUGUACCGUGUGUGCUUUGGCAUGGCCAUGUUCUUCCUCCUGUUCUCGCUCCUUAUGAUCAAGGUCAAGAGCAGCCAAGAUCCACGAGCUUCUCUGCAUAACGGGUUUUGGUUCUUCAAGUUUGCUGCUGCCACUGCUAUUAGUGUUGGAGCGUUCUUCAUUCCCGAGGGUCCUUUUACAACCGUGUGGUUCUACGUUGGCAUGGCUGGCGCUUUCUGUUUCAUUCUGAUUCAGCUGGUGCUUCUGAUUGACUUUGCUCACUCCUGGAACGAGUCCUGGGUGGAGAAGAUGGAGGAGGGAAACUCUCGCUGCUGGUAUGCAGCUCUUCUUACUGCCACAGCCGUGAACUACGCCCUGUCCUUCGUGUCUCUGGUGAUGUUCUAUGUGUACUACACCCACACUGACGGCUGCACUGAGAACAAGGCCUUCAUCAGCGUCAACAUGCUGCUGUGUGUGGGAGCCUCCGUCAUGUCCAUCUUGCCCAAAAUUCAGGAGUCCCAGCCCAGAUCUGGUCUCCUGCAGUCCUCUGUCGUCACCCUGUACACUAUGUAUCUGACCUGGUCUGCAAUGACCAAUGAGCCUGAUCGCAAGUGCAACCCGAGUCUUCUGGGCAUUAUUGGCCUGAACAGCACCACCCCAGCUGAAGAAGGUCACGUGGUUCAGUGGUGGGAUGCCCAGGGCAUUGUGGGAUUGAUCCUGUUCCUGAUGUGUGUUUUGUAUUCCAGCAUCCGCAAUUCCAGCAACACUCAGGUCAACAAGUUGACACUGACUAGUGACGAGUCUGCUUUGAUCGAGGACGGUCCGGCGCCGGAGAAUUUUGAUGAGGGAGACGAUUCAAACCGGGCCAUAGACAACGAGAAGGAUGGCGUCACGUACAGCUACUCUUUCUUCCACUUCAUGCUCUUCCUGGCCUCUCUUUACAUCAUGAUGACUUUGACCAACUGGUACAGCCCCGACGCCAACUACGAGGCAAUGACUAGCAAGUGGCCGUCGGUGUGGGUGAAGAUCUCGUCCACUUGGAUCUGUAUCUCGCUGUACGUGUGGACCCUGGUGGCUCCGCUCGUCCUCACCAACCGCGACUUCGACUGACGAGGCAGAAGAAAACAAGCUUUACGCAAACUUAAACCCUUCAUCAUUGUGAAUAUCCGCCUGUAAAUGAAGGGCAAGUUGGUUCAUAAUUGUAAAUAGCUGAAGCUGGUGCAUUCCUGUGUGGUUAAUCCUCAGUUUUUGGUUUAACUGUUGCAUGUAAAGUAGUGAUAUUUAUUUGUGCUGUACGUCGUUAUAAGCGGUCAAAACAAUUAGCCAGAAUUGAGUUUUUAAGUACGGGAUUAUUCAUGUACGCAUCCUGAAAGAAAGAUCAGGAGAGAUUCUUGGAAAACAUUAUGAUUUAAUUGGCUUGGGCUUUGACAGGACUGUUGAAACGUUUGCUUUAAGUUUAUUCCUGGAUCUAUAGGAAUGUCACACGUCGUUUUUAUUAAUAUUUCUUGUAGAACGGGCGUAAGAGUGCAGUAUUGCAGAUUUAGCAAGUAUCGUUGCUAAGUAGAAGUUUAGAUUUGCUGUGUUUUGUUUUUUUUUCUUUCAUUCCUGAAAACACGACAUUUAGGACAUGAUUUCCGUCGCCCAUGUGAAAUACUGUUUUAUUAACUUCAGUGUUAGCAGUUUGGUGCAUGUUAAUGAAUUUCCAGGCUUUUGGUUAGUUAGGACUGCAAAAUGCCACAGUGCUAAUCCUUUUUGCAACUUGCACAGGUUAGUUGAGUUUUGAAGUUUUAUCGUAGUGGAAAUGUUCUUGCACUGAUUCAUUGCUUUACAAACUCAUUUUAAGAUGUAUGUUAUAAUUUCAUACGUAUACUUUGCUUCUAUACCAUGUAGAUGUGUGUUACCAGCCUGCUGGAGGUAAUAGUCUAGUAGCUGCUGUUAAGUAACAUUAUUGGUGUUGAUGCCUAAGUGUAUUUUUUUAUUUUUUUUUGUCCUUUUGACAUGUGCGUUGUAAUCUAUCUUGUCUUAAUCAUUAAAGGUUUAAAACCCCCA